UUUCUUGAACGCUGCUUAUUUGCUUAUUAAAGAUUAGCGUUUUUAAGGGACGCUCUCGCUGCCCUCACAACAAGUUUUUGUUUAAAUUUUCAUUUCUCCUACCUCCCGCUUUCAUCAAUCACUGCAAUUUUUAAUCUGAAUUUCCUUGUCUGCAAUUUUUCAAUUAAUGGGCACUCAGGAUGACAAGGAACAUCAAACCCUCACCGCCAUUACCAUCGCCAACACCAACAGUAACCAAUCCUCGUCCUCUUCUUCUUUACUGAAUAAGAAAGAGGAGGAGUUUAACAUUUCGUUAGGGUUUCAAAGUGGUUGCGAUGACGGAAAUUUUAACAAUAGAGAGAUUCGUUGUGAUGGCAGUGAUGCAGAUGUUAUUGAUCGAGAGAAGUGUUGCGAUGAUGAUAUUCAUUUUUGUUUUCACGGCGGCGACGGUAGUUCCAGGAAAAAAUACAAUAGGGAUGAGAUGCAGCCCUUACAGUUUGCAAACAAGCAGUGGCAAAUGGUUAGGUGGAUUGAGAUUUAUACGGCCAUUCCGGCCAUUGUCAAAACCGAGCUUCAUGGCCUUUCGGCGGAUGCUUCGUCGGUGUCUGAUCAGGGCAAGGGCAGGCGCCGCGAUAAGCCCAAGAAGAAGAAACCUCAUCUUCAUGGCGAUCAUCUCCAACCUGGCAGGGUGCACUUCGAAAAUAUUGAGCAAGCAUAUGAGGAACUCCAUUUGCCCGAGGUUGUUAGUAAUAGCUUAGUGAAUGGGCAAGAGCUUGAUGAAAAUGAAGAUAGUGAUAUUGAGGAUAAUAGCCUUCUAAAACCUGCCUUUCAGGUGGAAGGUGAUCCCGACUUUGAAUCGGGUCCACCACAAGAUGGGCUUGAGUACUUAAGGCGUGUGAGGUGGGAAGCUGCACAUAUUCCAAAUGUUAAGGUUGCAAACAUUGACGAAAGGAAAUUGAAGGCAGAGCAGACGUCCUACAUGCCUAACAUUCCUGACAUCCCAAGCUGUCCCAACCAUCUGUUGCCCUCAAAGCAGUGGGAGGAUGCAUUUUUGGCCGAUUUUUCUGAGCUUAGACAGGCGAUAUCACAGCUCGAAUAUGUGGGCAGGCAACCUGCUUGUGCAUCGAAUUCUCCACUUCAUGAAGAAAACAAUGUGCCAAAGGCGGCACAUUUGCUUUCCCAAAUUUUGUAUAUGGAUGCAGUUACCCGGGCAAAUUUGUUGAGGCAGUGUGCAUUGGUGAUUGAGGAAGUCAAUAGCUUAUCGAGGGGCGAUUGUAUCCGCCUGUUUGGGAUAUUUGCAGCCGUGGAGAAGCCACUUGAUGGAGACACAAGCGCAGCCGUGCGUGGUGUGCUAAGGAAAUGUGCAAGCCUUCGUGCCUCAAAGACCGAGUGCAAUGAUGAGGUUGUGAUGCUCAAUUUGCUUAUAACCAUUGCUAGUAAAUAUUUUGGCCAGUCAGAGAGCUAAGGUUCCACUUUUUCUCAAUUGGCUGCUCCUUAGUAUGUUUUGUGUUCCUUCAGUUUGUUGUUAUCUUUUUUGGGGUCAGGCUCAUGUGCUUGAACUAGAUUAGGGCUUCAUGGUGUACUUGUUUAUGUAUUAGACAUUGAUAAAAUAUUUCAAACUAUGAAAUAACAUGAAAAAGAUAGGGGUACCCUCCACUGGCAAUGGGAGAAGAAUGUGGGGGGUAAAAUGGCUGCAUGGAAGAUACAUGACACCCUCAGGACGCUAAUCAACAAACUGAGCCCCACCACCCCUAGUUCUCUUUGUGUUAUUCAGUCUCUUAGGUCCUCAGCCUUUGUAAGUGUUCUUUUGGCUUUAUUGGUUUCUAUGGGUUUUUUCUGGUUUUGAUUUUCUUUUCGUUAUUUAUGUUUUGUUCUUUCUUUUUGGGCCCUAUAAGAGAGCAUGUCUUGGUCUUAAUUAGGAACUCUCUCGUUCUCCAUCUGUGAGCAGUCUUGCUCUUUCACUGUACUUUAGUUGUAGUCUGAGCACCCAAUUUGUGGGAUGUGUUCUUUCAAUGUAUAUAAUUUUCUA